AGCGAAAAAUGUCCGACUUAGCCCCUUCCUUCUGGGACACAGAUGGUGUAACCCAUGAGCCAGAGUACCUCCAGAUGUCUAGUGCAUUUGAUGAGAAUAUGUUUAGGAGAGAAGAUGAUCUUCUUAAUGUAUUCAGGUCUACUAGUCAUAAUGAGUCCUUAUAUGCAGAUCAUAAAGUUGCGGAGGAAGAGCCAACCUCUUGUUUAGCUUAUUCGCAUACCCAUAUGCCUCUAUUUGAUUACUGUAAUAAAGAAGAAGGAGAUUUAAAAAGUAGCAUGAAUUUAUUCAAAAUAGAGAGUAAUCAUGAAGGUAUACUCUCUAGUGAAACUUCAGUUCCAGUAAAACCUCUCCAAAGCAAGGAUGUCUUUAAAAUAACUCCUCAAGUAUCCAUCACUGAAAAGACCCUUCAAAAUUCAGGUAAUGAUAAUUCUCCCCCUGAUAACACUUUUGCUGAUUCUUCAAAGAUGGGAGAUGACUCUGAAGAAAUCAAGCUUCACAAUAACAAAGGAGAGAAACUUUUCUCUAAAAGGAAAGAUGUGAUUAUAAAGGCAUUACUUCGAAAGUGAAAGAAAUUCUUCUUAAAAGAUUUUAACUCUAAGAUCAGCUACCUAAGAAGAGCAAAACGGAAAUUUGGCUCUUCUGCUUACAGGACUAGCUUAGAGUCCUAUAUUAUUAGAUUCUUGGACAUUCCUAUGUCAGAGGACAUCCUAGUGUUUCUUGGUGUAUUCCUCUACCCUAAAGACUUGGAUGAUAACCUAGAUUUGUUCAUCAGUUCGAUUUACUCUCCUCUUGACGUAAAAUCCCUCGCUUCUGAAGUUCAUGAAGUGCUAUAUAAAUACUCGCAUAAGAAGUUUGAAAGAUUUUCUCAAAACAAGGAAUUUAAAUUUCUCUUCAAACAUUUUGAGAAAUCUUUCCUACAGGAAUUACAGAAAGAAGAGCUCUCUCAAGAGAUGAUCAGGGGCUUGGAGAUAAUCCGAGGCCAACUUUAAAUCUCUGCA